AUGUCGCGAAGUAAAGAUAAAGUCAUACGGCCGAAACCAAGUGAGCAAAAUGUAAAAAGUGCAAUUAAAAUGGUAAUUGAAAAACGUUUAUCUAUUCGGAAAGCUGCAAAAGAAUUUCAUGUCUCAAAAUCUUUAAUAGGCCGUUACGUGAAGUUGAACAAAGAAAAAGAAAAUGUUGAGGUCGUCUAUCACCCUCUGAAUGCUGUCAAGAGAGUGUUUAGUGAUGAAGAAGAAGAGCAAUUGGUUGAAUAUUCCUUAAAGGCAUCCAAGUUACACUACGGAAUAUGCAAAGAUGACUUUUUAAAAUUAACAUUCGAAUAUGCAGUAAUUUUGAAAAAAACUUAUCCAAGUGCUUGGGACACAAAUAAAAAAGCUGGUAAGACAUUUUAUGAAUAUUUUAUUAAAAGGCAUCAAAAUUUAAGCUUGCGAAAACCAGAAGCAACGAGUUUAGCACGUGCUACUUCUUUUAAUAAGGUGAAUGUAAAUUUGUUUUUUAAUAAAUACAAGGAACUGCUGUUGAAAUACAAUUUUACAAGCGAAAGGAUCUAUAAUGUAGAUGAAUCUGGCAUGUCUACAGUAGACAAUCCAAUGAAAGUUUUAGCGUCAAAAGGAGUAAAACAAGUUGGGAAUAUUACAUCAGCAGAGAGAGGUAAUAAUGUCACUGUUAUUGCAUGCGUGAAUGCACUUGGGAAUUCGGUUCCUCCUUGCAUGAUUUUUCCUAGAGUGCACUUUAAGAGCCACAUGAUUAAUGGUGCUCCUCCUGAGACUUUGAGGCUUGCAACUCCCAGUGGGUGGUCCAAUGGUGAUAAACUUGAGGAUUUUUUGAACCAUUUCAUUAAACAUGUUAGACCUAAUAAUGAUAAUAAAGUGCUCCUGAUAUUGGACAAUCACGAGAGUCACAUUUCGAUUAAAAUCAUAGAGUUGGCCAAGAAUAAUGGUAUUGUAAUGUUCACAUUUCUUCCUCACACCAGCCACAAGUUACAGCCUUUAGACAGAACCGUAUUUGGUCCACUCAAGAAAUAUUAUAACAAAGCUUGCAACGAUUGGCUCUUGCAACAUCCUGGAACUCCUCUCACUAUAUGUAAUGUCGCCGAAUGCUUUGGCACUGCUUUUCCAUUAGCUUUUACGCCAUCCAACAUUCAAAAUGGAUUUAAAGUUGCAGGAAUAUGGCCAUUUAAUGAUAAUAUUUUUGGCGAAGAUGAGUUCCUGAGCUCAUAUGUUACUAAUAGGCCUUAUGUAGAUGCUAAUACCGUUACGCACACCAGAUUGGAUGUGGCUGAAAUACAACCAAAUAUUGCUCUACCUGGACCAUCACAAUAUGCAAAUAUUGAACAACAAUAUGACAAUAACCAAGUAGCAAUAGAAUCUCCAGCACCAUCUACAUCCACUGGUACUAUAGACACAGACAAAAAUAUCCUUAUGUCACCUGAAGCCAUUCGUCCUUUUCCAAAGGCCCCACCACGUAUGAAUAAUACUACUAGAAAUAGAAAUGGUAAGACAAGAGUCUUAACCGAUACUCCUGAAAAAGAGGAAUUGGAGCUUUUAGCUGCUAAAAAAAGAAGUAAAUAA